UUGAGCUAAUCGCACAGAGGCACCUUCGCUGCACGCGCUCAGCGGGUGCGUGUCUACAUCACAGCACAAGCGGGCAUCGUUGCAGCAAGUGAUACCGUCACGUGAGCUGAUUGCAGUGUGCCAUUGAUGUCGUUGACAUCAAAGCAGACAUCACUUCCUGGACCUUACGACCCCGCAUUGUUGACGGCCAAGUCUGAUCCGCAACUUGCUGCGCAAGAGGUGAAGCUCGUCCUAUGUGCGGUCUUCACCGCCGUCUUCACCACCGUCUUCACCACCGUCUUCAGCUCACGGUGAGGCUCUCACCUCACUUCGCUGCAACCCGAGUGCCCACAAUCCUUUUCACCCCGAAAAGAUCAAGACCUCCUUCGUCAUGGCGAUCCGAUCCUUCCUCCUCGCAGUGGCCGCUGCUGCCGCCUCCGUCGUCGUCGCAGAGUCCGUUCCCGAAUCGGAGCUGCCGGUUUUCUUCUUCCACGGCGUCACGGGCAACGCCACCAAUGGCCGCAACAUUAAGGCCAACCUCACGGUUGAGGGCCGCGUCUUCGUGGGUCUCACAUACUGCGAGAACGAGUGCUCGGUGCAGUCUGUGACGGCGCAGAUCCCGAUGGCCAUUGAGCAGAUCCGCAGUAUCGUCAAGAACGACUCGCGCUUCGACAACGGCUACCAUUUCGUGGGUCACUCACAAGGCGGCGGCAUCGCCCGUGCCGUGGUGGAAAACAUGGACGACCAUAAGGUUCACUCCCUCGUUAGUCUAGCUGGCAUGCAGAACGGCAUGUUCUACGGUCCACAGGCGGAGGACGUCGUGCCGCUCUACAUCAUGACGAACGUGCUUGGUCCCCAGCUACUGACACCCGACAUCUUCGACUUCUCUAAAUACACCACGGCAGACUGGCGUGGCAAGUUCCAGCACGACCUGGCUCAACUGGACGCGAACCAGACGCUGCAGGCCAAGUACUCACUUAUGAACAUGAACCGCGAGCCGGCCGACAAGUAUUUCAUCGCGAACAACAAGUACCUGCCGUAUCUGAACAAUCUGAAUCACUGCGACGACGACGAUUUCCAAUGCAGAUUCGACAAGAUCCGUCGAAAGAGCAACUUCUUGCGUCUCAAGUCCGCCCACUUCUUCGCAAGUCCGAACGACGGAGUUGUAGCUCCAUGGCAGCACUCGCUACUGCAGCGAUACACACCCGUAGACUCGAUCGACGAGAUCGAAACCAAGUUCGAGGAGUUUACAGUCAUGGACAUGAAGGAUACCGUCGAGUACAAGAACGACACGUAUGGUCUGCGUACGCUGGAUGAACGUGGAGGUUUGCACCGCACGGUGGUUGCCAACAUCUCGCACAACUGCUGGAUCGUCGACGGCGUCCGCUUCGAUGCCGACGUCGAGUGCUAUUGGGAGCCUGUGUGGGAUCAAUACAUCUACCCAGCCUUACAGUAGGAGGGUCAUAGCAAGAACUCGUGCAAAAUACAAGUAAGAGACACAGUUCACUUGUGUAUUCAUG